CAGCCACUAACUAAAAACAUGAUAAAACUUGUUAGAGAGGAUAAAACUGAAUCCAGCCAACUCCACAGAUAGCAGCUGCAGUUCUGCAUUUCUAAUGAUUUCCAGCUGUCUGUGCAGAAAUAGCACCACAGUAGCUCCUCACACCUUGUUCUGCAAAACACAAGCUGCUGUUUCUCUAAAUGUCACAAUGCCGUUAAUUCAGGAGGAGCUCACAGCUCAGCACUUUCAAUUCUGUUGAAUGCACCAUGAAGUAGUACAGUUGUGCGCCCCAGAAUGGAGAAAGUUAUCUGCUGAUCAUGUGUCUGUCUCUCAUCCAAAAAACUCCAUGUUCUCUGCUUUGCCCUCGAUCAACCCAGUCCCGAUCCAAAUCCCAGAAGACCAUGAAAAAGGUUUGGUCAUUAUAAUUAUUUUCCUUUUGGACUCUGAGAGAUGGGACGGACUGUUUAACCAUUUCCACGCUCCCCUUAUCUGCUGCUCUUUCCACCCAUUGUAACAGUGUGGCUGAGGGCCAAUAAAAAAAAAGUGAAGGGGUUAGGGGGUGUGGGUGGAGAGGAAGAAGGACAGAAGCAGUUGAGACACAGAGAGAGACAAGGGCAGACUUUCAUUCAGCUAAGAAACAUGCACACUACUCCCCAAAGCCACUUUCCAAACGCAAGGCUGUGUUGCUGUCAAUGAAAGGAUCAAUGGGAAUUGCUGCAAAGACUUGGACACUCUCUGGUGCACAGUUGGGAAUCAAUACCACAGCAUGAUGGAUUACAAAGUGUCAUCUAUACGUAAUGUCUUAACAUGCAUGUGUCUCAUGCUUCUUCAUAUGUUUAGUGUGGCUCAAGAUGAAGAUUUGAGAAGUUGCAGGACAGCACCGUGUGAUUUAGUCUUCAUUGUGGACGGAUCAUGGAGUGUUCAAGAUGUUAAUUUUGAAAUAGUGAAAGGGUGGCUUGUCAACAUAACAACUAGCUUCAACAUUGGACAGAAAUUUACCCAGGUUGGAGUAGUCCAGUACAGCGAUGACCCCCUUUUAGAGAUACCUUUGGGAAAGUACUCUACAAACAGAGACCUCAUCACAGCCAUGGAGUCAAUUCAAUAUAUGGGAGGAAACACAAGGACAGGGACCGCAAUAAAGUUUGCAACAGACAAACUGUUUGGGCUUUCUGAACGAGGCCCACAGGGUGUUUCUAGGAUUGCUGUGGUCCUCACAGAUGGCAAGUCUCAAGAUGAAGUCUUCAAAGUAGCAGAAGCAGCAAGGAACAAAGGAGUAAUUCUGUUCGCGAUCGGCGUCGGUUCAGAAACAGAGGAGUCUGAACUAAGGAACAUUGCCAACAAGCCAUCGUCUACGUACGUUUUUUCUGUUAAAGACUACAAAGCUAUUUCACGGAUUAUACAGGUCAUACGGCAAAAACUGUGUGAAGAGACAGUUUGUCCAGCCAGAAUUCCUGUAAAUUCUCGGGAGGAAAAAGGCUUUGAUCUACUAAUGUAUUUAAAUUUGGCCAAAAAGGCCAAGAAGACACGAGGGACGUUUUAUGGCACCAACGCAUUUGAAGUGACAACUCCCGUUGACUUGAGUGAAGCAACACGAUCUUUGUUCCCCGAUGGUCUGCCUCCAUCGUACGUCUUUGUGGCCACCCUCAAAUACAAAGGAUCGGUAGCUGUGGAGGAGUGGGAUCUGUGGAGGAUACAGACACUUGAUGGUAAACCUCAGAUGGCUGUGACUCUGAACGGUGGGGCUCGCACCGUCAUGUUCACCACAACCAGCAAGGCACCCACUGAGACUCAAACCGUCACAUUUUCAAAACAGACAGCAAUGAAGCUUUUUGAUGAGAAAUGGCACCAGAUGAAACUGUUGGUCACUGAAGAGGAUGUCACUCUUUAUGUGGACGAUCUGGAAAUCGAAACCCUGCCACUGGAGCCCUCUGUUGGCAUUUUUAUCAAUGGAAAAACCCAAGUUGGAAAAUAUGUUCGAAAGGAAACAACAGUGCCAUUUGAAAUUCAAAAACUGCGCAUCUACUGUGACCCUGAGCAGAAUAAAAGAGAGACUGCUUGCGAAAUACCUGGAGUUUGCAUCGACAGUCUGGAUUACGUAGAGCCAACUCGAGAACCCUGUGCUUGUCCUCCUGGACCUUCUGGACCUCCAGGGUUGAAGGGUGAACGAGGUAACGCUGGUAUGCCUGGCCAGCCUGGACCUGCUGGCGCUGAUGGUAAGCCUGGUAUCCCUGGCGCUAGAGGAAGCCCAGGGCUGCCAGGUUCACCAGGAAUACAGGGCCCACGUGGAGCAGAUGGAUAUAAAGGUGGACAAGGGGCGCCAGGUGUCUCGGGUGAAAGAGGUUCACCAGGAUUGCCAGGACGGCCCGGACAGCCAGGAGAGAAGGGCUCAAAGGGAUCAGCAGGAAUGACAGGAUUACCUGGAAAGGAUGGUCAAAUGGGAGAAAAGGGAAGUGCGGGAUCUCCUGGUUCACCCGGUUUCCCUGGAAAGCCUGGGGUACCCGGGAGAGAUGGAAACAAUGGAAUUCCAGGGAGAGAUGGUCAGAAGGGGGAAACUGGAGUCAGAGGGAUUCCUGGUGCGGAUGGACGGGAAGGACGACCUGGAUUGCCUGGGUUACCAGGAGUUGCAGGCCUGAAUGGACAAAAGGGGGACAUUGGUGAACCUGGACUAAAGGGCUUCAAAGGAUCUUCUGGACCUCCUGGUGAAAUGGGUUUACCUGGAACACCUGGUUUGAGAGGACACACUGGACCAAAGGGAAAUAAAGGUGAAAGUGCAAGUCCAGGAAUAAAAGGAGCACCUGGCCUUCCGGGAAGUACCGGGGAACCAGGAAGACCAGGCCAGCCGGGUCACCCAGGGAUGCCUGGCCUCAAGGGAAGCAAGGGUCAAAGAGGGAAUCCGGGUGAAAGUGGAGAAAUGGGAAGAAAAGGAGAACAAGGGGAACACGGCCGACCAGGACUCCAGGGAUCACCUGGUCAAAUAGGACUAAAAGGGGAGAAAGGGACAACAGGCAAUUCUGGACAAAGAGGACCAGAGGGUCAAAUAGGACGGCCUGGACAACCAGGACAAUCAGGUCCACCCGGGCCCCGGGGUCUACAGGGGGAUGGAGGACCUCCUGGUCCACCUGGCCCUGAAGGCAGAUCUGCGAGUGGGCUGUCAGACAAUCACAUUCGACAAAUCUGCAGAGAUGUUCUCCAGACUGAGCUGCCUUUGUUGCUGCGGAUGAGCAACCAGCAGAGUGGCUGCACCAGAUGUCACAGCCAGCCGGGUUCUCCCGGUCCACCGGGGCCAGCUGGGCCCCAGGGACACAGGGGUUUUCCUGGACUCAGUGGUCCUAGAGGUCAGCCGGGUCAUGCUGGUCAGCCGGGACAUCCUGGGAUUAAUGGGCCUAAAGGAGAAGAAGGUUUAAAAGGUGAGAAGGGGAGUCCUGGUAGAGUCACGGUUGGAGAUCAAGGACCACCGGGACCACCAGGUCCAACUGGUCCCCAGGGGUACAGCAAACCGGGGUCUCCAGGUAACCCUGGGCCUCCCGGUCAAAGUGGAGCAGAGGGCAAAAGUGGCAGUCCUGGCGUUCCGGGUGAGCCGGGGAUCUGCGACCCAUCCCUGUGCUAUGGGAGGAUGAUGAGGAGGGGUCCUUACAGCAAAGGCCCAAACUAUUGACCCAACGCAGAAUCACGGCGAAGCUGAUGUGGAACAGCCAUUCUCAGGAAGAAAUCCUCCUUACAGUUUCUUUUCUGUGCCACAGAAACGAAGCGUACCUCUUCUGACAUGUGUGCGACCUCAGUCGACAAAGCAGCUUCUCUAGUCAUGAUUUUGUGUCAUAAUUCAAAUUUCUUUUAACAUAGAGUUUAGAGGGAAAAAAAUGCAAGUGGCCCCUUUAAAUACCUCUUAUCUGAUCACUUUGAUCUCAGUGUGGCUGGUACACUUUCCUUUAUGUUGAUUUAUUGCAUGUUGUUUAGAGAAUGGUGGUGCCUACCCAUCUUGUUAAACCUUUUCUUCUAUUUACUUUAGAGCUCUAUACCAUAAUUUAUGCAUCAAGAUUAGCGGCUUUAAGGAAAUACUGUGAAUUUGAAUUUACUUUCUGAAAUUAUGAGGUGCAGGAAGCCCAUUUGUUAAGCAAAAACCUAACCCGAGAUAAUAAAUACGGCCCUUAGUACAAUCAAGCAAUUAUAUGUUGUGUUUUAAAAAAAUGUUAGAAAAUUCACAAUGUAUGAGUAUGGUGAGAUCUUAUAGAUUUAUGUGCCCCAAACCUUCUUUCUAUUACUGUAGCUGGUAUUUUAUUGUUAUUUAUAAGAGUCAUGCCAUGUGUAUUUCUCAGUUAAGAAAUCUUAAGCUCUUUUUUUUAAUUUUGUGACAAUUGUAUGUUUUUUUUAUAUAAUUAAAAUAUCUUAUUGAUUUGUGAUUGUUUUUAUCAUUUUUAAUUAUAGUUCCUGAAACAAUUGAAACUCAAGUGUUUAAGGCAACACAAUUCUUGCCGCAAAGCAUGUUAGUGUUGUUUUUUUUUUUUUUUUUUUUUAUAAAUAGCCGAUUUUGAUUUUGUUGUCAAUAACAGAAAAAAAAAAAUCUCCUUACCACUCUAUCGCACUGGCUGUCUUCAGAAAGGAUUGAAAGAAGUAACUUUUGCAGAUGUACACCAGAUGGCGCCAUUGAGUAACAUCUAAGAAAAGGCAAUUAAUGUCCAUCUUGGAUGGCAAAGGGUCUUAAAAUUUCAUUUUUUAUGUAUUUAUUUUGUCAGUAAAUGUCCUGCUUUAGUGUUAAAGGGUGUAGUUUUAGGCUAAGUCAUUAGUUUAAUUAAAUUGUAUUACUUUUUUAAGCAUCUAAAAGUUUGUUAUGUAGCUGCUUCGAACCAAAAUGUCCAGACAGGAAAACAGCACAAAUGUGAGUAUUUCUGGUAUUUUCAUUCAAUACAAUCAUAUAAAAUCAGAAUUAAUAAAUGUGAUAUGUGAUGAGGAAGAUGACAGCAGAAUUGUGGCGCGAUUCAACUUAAGAAAGAAAGGAAGAAAGAAUAACAAAAACAAAAGCAAGUC